GAAAAGCAGAAUAGAAUAUUUGUCUGAAGGCUCCGGCCUAUUUUGGAAGCCUGCCCCCCGGCCUUCAAGCCGCAGGGAAGCCCAAGUUUUCCGCAGCUCCCGAGGCGCUCAUCCCGUCUUUAAGGCUGACCUGCCUGUCAGUUCCGGCCGCCUUUCUGCCCCCUGCAGACCGGCCCGAAGUAGUGCUCAAGGGAUCGGUUCGGGCCUGGUGCGCGGAGCCCGGAAAGCGCUUGCUGGGUUCAGCCCGGGAUCCACAGACCCCAGGACAACCUGUCUGAGCACAGAAGGCCCGGGCCAUGGCACGAAUUCUCAUCGUGGGCGCCGGGCUGACAGGAAGCUUGUGCGCUACCCUGCUGAGGAGGGCGGCGUUCGGUCCUUUGCACCUCACUGUGUGGGACAAGGCUGGGGAUCCAGGGGGAAGAAUGACUACGAUCAGCUGUGCUUGUAGUCCACCGUGCACAGCUGACUUGGGUGCUCAGUACAUCACGUGCACUCCUCAUUAUGCCAAGAAACACCAAAGUUUUUAUGAUGAACUGUUAGCUCAUGACAUUUUGAAGCCUCUGACCUCUCCUAUUGAAGGAAUGGUGGUUAAAGAAGGAGACUAUAACUUUGUGGCACCUCAAGGAGUUUCUUCAAUUGUUAAACAUUACUUAAAAGAAUCAGGUGCAGAAAUCUACUUCAGACAGCGUGUGACCCAGAUCAACCUGAGAAAUGAUAAGUGGGAAGUCUCCAAGGAGACAGGCCCCCCUGAGCAGUUUGAUCUUGUUGUCCUCACGAUGCCGGUUCCUCAGAUUCUACAGCUUCAAGGUGACAUCGUGAACUUAAUUAACGACUGCCAAAGGCAGCAACUGGAGUCUGUGAGCUACUCCUCUCGCUAUGCUCUGGGCCUCUUUUAUGAAGCUGGCACGAAGAUUGAUGUCCCUUGGGCUGGGCAGUACAUCAGCAGUAAUCCCUGCAUACGCUUCAUCUCCAUUGAUAAUAAGAAGCGCCAUAUAGAGUCAUCAGAAAUUGGACCAUCCCUUGUGAUUCACACCACUGUUUCAUUUGGAGUUGCAUACUUAGAACACAAAAUUGAGGAUGUGCAGGAAGUAAUCAUCCAGCAGCUGGAAAACAUUUUGCCAGGUUUGCCUCAGCCAGUUGAUACCAAAUGCCAGAGAUGGAGAUACUCACAGGUAAAGAAUCCAAGGUUACAAGUGCUGCUGCCAACUGUCCUGGCCAAAUGACCCUUCAUCGUAAACCUUUCCUUGUGUGUGGAGGGGAUGGAUUUACUCAAUCCAACUUUGAUGGCUGCAUAACGUCUGCCCUAUGUGUUCUAGAAACUUUAAGGAGUCACGUUUAAUACCUCUGUCCUUAUUCUCUACAUGCACUUUGGGUUUUUAUUUUCACAAUUUCCUGUGAUUAUUUUGUUUUCUAUUUUGUUGAGAGAAAUUACUAGAAAACUAUUCUUCACUUACUGUCAUUUUUCAUAUGGAGUAUAAAAUAAAUCAAUGUUAUAAUUUCAGUAGUUACGACCCAUGCUAGCAUGAUGAGUCCUUGUACCUUAUACCUUUCACCACUUAAUUGCCAUGACUACUCCUUUAUUGAAGGGAGCCUAGUGUUUACGAAUAAUAAAUGAUGCCCCAAAAUUGUUAUAUCAAAUCAAAGUAACAGUUCUUGUUCCAGAACUUUUAUUAUCCUUUUGAAAAUUCCAAUUCCAAACAAAGAAUAAUCAAUGUCGAGUCUUCAUUUUAUGUCCUCACAUGUGUCCUCAUCAAUAUUUUUGCAAAUUACUGAACCACAAGAUUCCUCUAAGCUGUGGAUAACAGAGUGUAAUUUCUGUAUUUCAUUUCUCUCCCAAGUUAUCAAAUGAUUCUAAAUUGUAGGUCAUAUACAUCAUCCUCUCUAGAAUGGUAAUUUGGAGGACAACUUAAUUGACAAAGAAACCUCUCUUCAGAUAUUCAGAAAAUAACCAGAUUCAGCUUGACUUUGAAAGCCACACAGUCCAUUUUAGUCUUUAAAAAAAUUCCAGUCUUAAUAUGAAAGAUAAAAAUUAAAUAGAAACAGAGAAAACAUAGGAAUCUUCACCUUCCACUAUCUCACAUUGCUCGUACUGUUACCUUGAUGUGUCCUCCAGGAUGUGCUGUGACAUUUAGACUGUGUGAAGUUUAAUGAAUUUUAACACAACAAAAAAUUUACUGAACCAGAAAAUAGAUGCACUUAAAAAUAGUUCAGUAUUUGCCAACUUAGUGGUUCAGCAUAUCAUCCCCAUGCUUCAGUGAUGUGACCCCAUGACUUGCUGGCUAGAGAGAAAUUGAUCCCCAGCCUUCCAGACUUCUUGUUGCUAAUUUAGAAAGCAUAAUGGUGUGUUCCAUUUUAUCAUUUUGAGAGGAAAAGAAGCUGUUGCAGCUUCUCAAACUAAGAAAAGCUCAACAAAAAACGUACUUGUAGUAUUUAAAGUUUCACCCUUACACACACAGGCACAAGAAGGACUUGCUUAUGUAUCUACAGAGGGGGUUUUGUGGGCCUGUGGCAUGUUAUUAAAUGUGUCCUUUUAGCAAUCAAUUGGUGAAAACCUGAAAUGCCUACAUGUGGUUACUGUCACUUAUUUUGAAAGUAAGGAAAGAAAAACACAAAUUAGUGGAGUCUCUGGUAUGAAAAAAUGAAAAGACGGGAUUUUUUCAUCAUUUUGCCAUAUUUGAUUAACAUUUGUAUUUUGAUUUUAUCCUUUAAUUAUAGUAGAAAAGUUACUCAACUAUAUUAGCUAUUUUGUUUUUAAUUAAAGUAAUUCUGGAGCAUUUGACUGAAACCAUCCUGAAACUUUAAGAACAAUAUUAUACUACUUUCAUCAACUUGUCUUCUCCCAGGGGGAAAAAAUGAAUUAUAGAAGUAGGGUGGGUUACUGAGAGAAAGUCCUCAUCUAAGCCAUUACUGAAGGCUUUUCAUAUCUAUUCUUUCUAAGUAGGAAAUACCACUUAGAAGUGUUUCCCUAAUAAUUCUGCAUCUUUUUUUUUAAUUUACUACUUUUAUUACUGAAUUAGACACUGAGAAAAACUAAAAAAUGGAAAUGACUUCACUCUUAAAAUAAUUUCUAAAUGGAUCAAAGAAGUAAAUGCAAAAAAAUCAGUAAACAUUAAUGCACUUGAAUAAAUCUACAUCUGUUUUGAGAAGACUAUGGCAUAUGAGAUAAAACUCAACCCUGCCUAAUAUGUAGAGCACUGUUAGUUUGCUAUUUUAAUCACUUUAGAAACUCAUUUUACAGUUAUGAUCCAUUUCUGAUAAGAAUAGUCCAAUCCUCUGAUGUUCGAAUAAAGAAAGGAA